CCGGCCAAAUUAAGAGAGAAUGCCAGAAUGGCAUCUUAAUGCUGAAAUGAUAUUAACGAUUCCUCAACUACAAACAAACAAAAACUUUAGUGCUAAUUUUGUACCUUUUCCCACUUAAUUAUAUAUAUUUUUUAUUUGAUCGAUCCACUUAAUUAUAAUUAUGAUUUUGAAGAUUCUUGAGAUACCUUUUUGAUUAUUCCCUUCGAUAAAACUUCUUCUUCAUCAACAAUAUAUAUAUACACACACACAACGCACACCACUUCAUAUAUUAAUUAAGCUAAAUUGCUCCACAUCACCCCUUCUCCCUCUCUUUUCUCUCCUUCUUUCGCCGAAAAACAGUUCAGUACGUAUACAUGGAGGCACAAAUGAUAUUACAGUCUCAAAGAGGCAGCGCUACUAAUCUUCAUUCCUUCACUAGUUUGCGUUCGAUAACCAACCAAAAGACGAGUACGCGACGAUGUUCUUCGAUGAAAAUAAAAUCAGUACUGAAAAGACCAAGUGCUGCUACUACUGCAAGUAGCAUCAGUGUAAUACCAGACACCAUUAUUAGCAGCACAUCAUCGAGUAGUACAGUUUAUACUGAUAGCUGGUUCGAUCGUAUUGCCAUUCACUACCUAUCUCGAUGUAUCCAACUUAUUUCAGGGAUGAAGAAUGAGAGGACUGGUUAUGAAGGUUUGGUAGAGGCAGCAGCAGCACUUCAUCGAAGUUCCAAUGGAAAUAUAGAUCAUCAGCAAGGAUUGGUUCUUCAAGCUCUUAAUAAAGCCUUCCCUAAACCCAUCCAUUCUUUCGUGCGAAACUCUAUACCACAAUCGCAGUUUAAAAGAGAAUUUUUUGCAAAGUUCACAACCUUAUUUUGUGUUUGGCUUGUUGGACGCAGUGAGAUCAAGGAGUCUGAAGUGGAAGGAAGAAAAGAGAAGAAUGUAGUACACAUCAAGAAAUGCAGGUUUUUGGAAGAGAGCAAAUGUGUAGGGAUGUGCGUAAACCUAUGUAAGAUGCCAUCGCAGAAGUUCAUUAAGGACUCUUUAGGAAUGCCAGUUAACAUGGUUCCAAAUUUUGAGGAUAUGAGCUGCGAAAUGAUCUUCGGACAAGAACCUCCGGCACAAGCAAAUGAUCCAGCAUUUAAACAACCAUGCUACAAGUUCUUAUGCAAAUCAAAACAAAAGAACACUUCAGGAUGUUCAACCUUGUAAACAGAAGCUGAGAACUCCAAACGUAUAGAUAGAUAAUCAGAUGAUUAGUUGGUUCAAGCUUAGCGGCGACAUUAAUGUACAUAUGUACUGGUGCCACAGUUUCAUUAUGCCCCACAGACUACUUUUGAAAUGUGUAUAUGUAUGUGAUGUGGUGGUGUCAAUUCCAUGAAGAAGAGCCUUCAAGUAAAUUAUAAUCACCCAAUUAAUCAACUUUUUUAAUGAUGUUUAAUUAUGUAGUAAGCAAGUAUAUGAAUGAAUUCCAAGUUUCAGCACAAAGGAGAAGGAGGUGGUUGUUGUCAAGGCAAAGAAAAUGUCUCUGCUGAUUCAAUUGACUGGGUCUUAUGUGAGGUCCUACAAGAAUCUUUUCUUUCUUUGUCAUCAGUUGAGUUCAUCAUACCCCUUUCAAGUUGAGUAGUCAAUUAUGAAGAAGCUCAAGGAGAAUGGUAUUGGUUUCAGUUUGACCUCCUAAAAAUAAAUAAAAAGAAUGCGAACCCCAAACACAUAUUUGAAAUGGUAUUCUAUCAACAAAAUCUGUCUCCCACCACCACCCUCCAAGCAAAAACUCAAUUAUCACCAAAGGAAUGAAGUUCCAACAAAACUUUUUGGCAGAGAAAUAGAGAUUCUAAUGCUGUCUAUUCUGUUUCCUAAUUGAGGUAAUGAAGGGGUCCAUCCAUUUCUGUUUCAAUACAAAACCACCAAACAACUUAAACGAGUACAAAACAUCUCUUAAGUGGUGGGUCAUUUUUGGCAUUAAUGGUGCACUUUUCUGG